AUGUUUGUUAUUAAAGUGCAAAAUGUUACCAAAUUAGGAAAACCAUGUGACGGUAAUCAUCUACCAGUUGGUUGUGGCGUUAACCAAGAAUGUGUGUUCAACACAAACAAAACGUUUCGUUGCUACUGUGCACAAAAUUUUGUCGAAUCUGAUGGCGAGUGUUUAAAAAUAUCGACAACUGCUGCUGCAUCUAUUGAUCCAGCGGAUCAGCAACAUAAUAAAUCAUCAGGUAAUUCAGUCACCAUCGGAUUAUUAAUACCAACAAUUCUAAUAAUUGUUGGUGGUGUAGGUUUUUGCUGUGCAAGACGAUACCGAUUAUUACCAUGCCGACAAAAUACUUACGGUAAUGUUUUGGUAACAAGGGAUGAAGAUGAUAAUGAUGAUGAUCCACCUAUCGCGUAG